AUGUCAAUCUUGGGGGAAACCUCUCCAUUUCUACUCAUAUUGCUCCUGGCAACACUCUUCCAUCUCUCACAUGGCGAUGUUGGCACUGCUGCCAACUACAGUCCUCCAUAUUUACCCACUGCCUGCUAUGGGAAUUCAGCAUCACAAUUCCCAUCAACCAACAUGUUUGCCGCCGCCGGCGAGGGUUUAUGGGACAAUGGUGCAGCUUGUGGGAGACAAUACUUGGUGAGGUGCAUUAGUGCAGCUGUCCCUAGAACUUGCAAUCCGGACCAGGUCAUUCAGGUAAGAAUAGUGGAUCGUUCGCAAACAUCGAGGUCAAGACCUUCAUCAAAUGGUGCUACCAUAGUCCUUUCUACGACCGCAUUCGGUACCAUCGCAGACCCUUCUGCAACAUCGAUUAACGGUUUGAUGAAGAGGAACCUUGUGUUUCUAGAUAACGUGCAAGAGGAUCUGAGGAUGCAAAGUCAAUGUGAUUAG